UGGGAACCGCGGUAGUUGAAUUGUAACUUACAAGAAAUUGAUGUUUUUAGUUAGACAGACUUUAUAAAUUAUAUUGUUAAAAAUGCCGAAUUUGUCAGCUAAAGAUUUGUGGGUGUUGAUUUCUGGAAGUUCAGUGUUAAAGUCUAAGGAACUAGUUGGUACACAACUUGAAAAUAAUGCUUCAAAAAUUCAAAAUGGUGUCAACUAUUUUAAAGAACCGAGUAAAACAUCAGUAGAAGGUUUGAAGAAAGACAGUUUUGAAGAGCCUCUUUUAGAAUUCAUUAAAAAACUAAGCCAGCUUCUGAAUGUUGAAGAAGAACAGUGCUACCAGUUGUUUUGUUCUUAUCUUUUAUACGAGUAUAAAGGUACCCAGGGAACCCUGAAGACUUUGCUAGGAAAUGAAAGACACAUACAGCCAAUGUUACAUGAGAUAUGGAAUUUUUACUACUCAGAACGACUGUAUAUUCUUCUAUGUUUGAAGCAUAUCCUUGGGCACUGGCAGGAUACAUCACAUCCAUACCAGGAACUCUACGAAGGAUUUCUAGAAACUAUAAAUAAGGAAGGGGGUCUUGUACAUAAGUUAAUUAAUCAGCUAGAAACACUAACAACAUUGGAAGGGCCUAUCAGAGAUACUCAUGGUCAGUACAUGACUGAGAAUCUUACAUACAGCUGGGUGACCUUCAAUUUGAAGGAACAGUGUGAGCUGCUUCAGCUGUUGCUGCUGUACUACAGAGAAAUGGAACCAGCUGUUGAAGAAGUCCAACAGUUAUUGACCAUUUUUCAAAAACACAGUUUUGGCCUGAAACAACCAUACCGACAACUUGUUCAUGAAACCUCGCAGUAUUUAGUCGACUUGAUUGGAUACUUGGAAGCCCUUUUGGUGGUGGAGAUGUUAGAAUUGGAGUGGCUUUUUAAGUCUCAAGAAUGCGAAACGUAA